AUGUCCGUUCUCGCGUAUCCAAACGCCCCAACAGAAGAGCUAGAUGCUCUUAUUGUGGGUGCUGGGUUUUCUGGCUGUUAUCUUCUUCACAAACUACGCGACGAACUGAACCUCAAAGUCAAGAUUUUUGAGACCGGUUCCUCUUUGGGCGGUACGUGGCACUGGAACCGCUAUCCCGGUGCUCGAGUGGACUGUCCCGUUCCCGGUUACGAAUUGUCCAUGGAAGGUGCCUGGAAGCACUGGACUUGGAAAGAGAAGUAUCCAAGCUGGGAAGAGCUACAGGCAUAUUUUGCCCAUAUCGACCAGGAGCUCUCUAUAAGUAAGGAUUGCUACUUCAAUCACGAAGUUGUUUCGGCUCAAUUUCUCCCUGAUGAGCGGAAGUGGGCCGUAGCCACUCGUGGCAGAGUUAUCCUCGCGAAAUGGUUGAUUCCAGCCAUCGGAUUUGCUGCCAAGCAGUAUGUUCCCGACUGGGACGGUCUUGAAACAUUCCGUGGGAAGGUCUAUCACUCUUCUGCUUGGCCGGAAGAAGGGGUCAAUGUAGAAGGCCAAAAGGUCGCGGUGAUCGGUACCGGAUCCACUGGAAUUCAAAUCGGCCAGCAAUGGGCGAAGGACGCCGCAGAGACCUUUGUCUUCCAAAGAACACCUAACACUUGCCUUCCAAUGCGCCAGGAGCAACUUGAUGCUGUCCAGCAACAAGACAGGGGGAACCGGUUAGCUUCAUUUGCCAACAGUCGGACGACAUUUGGUGGCCUGCCGUAUGAUUACCUGCCGCGGAACUCUACGGAUGACUCGUCUGGCGAGAGGGAGGCUACCUAUGAAAGGUUAUACGAGGAAGGUGGCUUGAAACUCUGGAAUGGAUCCUACAAAGACCUGAUGGUCAAUCAUACCGUAAACCGUGAAGUGUAUGAUUUCUGGGCCAAGAAAACGCGAGCGAGAAUCAAUGACCCAAAGCUCAAGGACCUUCUUGCCCCUCUGGAGCCACUCCACGCAUUUGGUGCCAAACGACCUUCUCUCGAGCAAGAUUAUUACGAGCAGUUCAACAAGCCCAACGUGCACCUAGUGAGCAUAAAAAACAACCCGAUCUCGGAACUUCGCCCCGAGGGAAUUGUUACCGCAGACGGCAAGCUUCAUGCGGUCGACAUAAUUGCUAUUGCGACAGGCUUCGAUUCUGUCACAGGCGGUAUCAAAAAGAUGGGUAUCAAGGAUGCAGACGGCAUUGAGCUGGGCAAGAGGUGGGACGAAGGCAUCUAUACAUACCUUGGCCUCAUGGUCAGCCGUUGUCCAAAUAUGUUCCUUCCAUACAGCGCGCAUUCUCCUUCCGUCUUUUCCAAUGGACCCACGACCAUCGAGAUCCAAACCUCAUGGAUCGUCGAAAUGAUUAAGAAUGCGGAAAGGGAGGGCAUCCAAGAAAUUGAUGUCAAAAAGCAGGCCGAGCAAGCCUGGCGUGAUGAGAUCCUGGAAGUCGCAGACAAGACGCUGCUACCGACAACAAACUCAUGGUACAUGGGGUCCAACAUUCCAGGGAAGCCAGUUGAGCCUCUUUUCUAUGUCGGUGGACUUCCGCGAUACCAAGAAAAAUGUGCCGAAGCCUUGACCAACAACUGGGAAGACUUCAUCAAGGUUUGA